AAUUAAAGUGAUGUCAUUUUUGUGUCACGAUAUUUCUACUACUAUCCUUCUGAUAACUAGGCUUAAUUAACCUAUAAAAGAAUUCAUCGAUAAAUGAUGGCAGGAUUACCUAAGAGAAUAAUCAAAGAAACACAAAGAUUAUUAGCAGAGCCAGUUCCUGGUAUCACAGCCAUUCCAGAUGAUGAGAAUGCUAGAUAUUUUAAAGUUAUAAUUGCAGGGCCUGAAGAUUCUCCUUUUGAAAGAGGAACGUUUAAAUUGGAAUUGUUUCUACCUGAGGAAUAUCCUAUGUCUGCCCCCAAAGUUCGUUUUAUGACAAAAAUAUAUCAUCCAAACAUUGAUAAAUUAGGGCGAAUAUGUUUGGAUAUAUUAAAAGAUAAAUGGAGUCCUGCAUUACAAAUCCGAACUGUAUUAUUAUCAAUUCAGGCUUUAUUAAGUGCACCAAAUCCUGAUGAUCCUUUGGAUAAUGUUGUGGCUGAACAAUGGAAAAGCAAUGAAGUUGAAGCUAUAAAAACUGCUCGUGAGUGGACUCUAAAAUAUGCUCUCAACAACUAAAUUAUCUUCGCUCGAAUAUUCGGACUUUUCAUUUUUUUAUGAAUUAAUAUGUCAAAAUAUUUUCAUUGAAGAAGAAAUUAUGUAAUAUCUCGAUACUAUUUCCAGACUACUUUGAUUCGUUGUAUUUGUGAUACAAAUUAAUCAUAAUUUUUUUAUAUUCGACAUUUA